CACUUACUAUUUCAUUUGAUUGUGCCUAUAAAUUCUGAAUUGUAAUAUUUGAUGGCACAGAAAACUGGACAUUUGACGUUGUCAAGGAAGUAUUCGCCUAUACCGUGCACUAUUUGAAACAUUCCCAAAUAAAUUACAAUUAAAAUUUUGUAAGCAAAAAUAGUAAUCAUAUUUUAUUAUUAUUACACAUAGCCCAUUUUAAUUAACAUAAUGUUCAACGUUUCCGAUCAGUCUGGGCAGCCCGUUUUCAUGUCUUAUUAAUUUCCCCAACAAACGUUCAAGGGAGGUGACCCAUAAACCAACUCUUAGGGAAUGACAAACUUUCAGAAGCGCACUUUCCCAAGUGAAUGGCGGCUAGGUCCGGCUACACCUUUAGUGUUAUUAUAAGCGACUCACUUUAGGUGCGUGCGGAUAAAGCAUCGUUUGCACACACUCCUUUAGGUCUCUGUUCAAAUGUUAGUUUUCGUCAUUCGCUGCCAUUGUCUCCACAUAUAUUGCGAGCCGGUUUGCGAUUUGUGCAACUUGUGUUUAUGAUAUGCCAGUCGCAAAUGGUUUUAUAGGCUAGUUAAGUGCAGUAGCUAUUAUUUUUCUUUGUGACAACGCAGGCGUCUAGUUAAAAUUUCCCAUUCCUGUUUAUCGAUCGUCACGAGAACGAAACUUUUAUGGUCAGACUUUAAAAUGUCGCCCAGUGCAAUCAACAAUUUCUUUUGCUAAGCGGACUCACGGAAAGAGAUUGUUAAAAAAAAAUUUAAAAAAGCAAAACCAACUCCGUAUAAAAUGGAAAUGAAGUUAUAAUUUGCACCAACAGUCAGAGGUUAGUCAUUUGCCUACCGUAGGCUACUUCCAGGGGCACUUACGUAAACUCCAUAUCCCUUUGUAAUAGCCCUGUCCUCAUCUGCUGCCUAAUUGGACUAUAUAAGACCAAUAACGAUGGAGCGCCUACAGCCUACAUGCCAAAGCGCCAAAUCUAGGGAGGGUGGACUUAGUUGUUAACGCAUUCACUCACACACACACUCUCUCUCUCUAUUUCUCUCUCUCUCGCUCUCUCUCUCUCUUUCUGCUUCCCAUCCCUUCCUUAAUCCCAUUUGCCAUUGUACGUGCCCAAUCGCCGUAUACUCUCCGCAUUUAACUUGGAUGACAUUUUUAUUUCAUCAUUAGCAUCUGGCGCCAGACUGACGCAGUUGCAUUGCUACAUUUUCAGAGAGGACCACAGGACCUGGAUGCAAGAUUGAUGUUACUUUUCGGCGUAUUUCUUUAUAUUUGCCGUCAUUGCCGCUCAUGUUACAAUAUACUCAGCCUAUGAAAAAGCUUUGAAAGUAUAACAAGAAGGAAACAAGAUAAAAUAAACCAACAACCGUAUCUCCUUCGGUAUUGCCUUUUUAAAGAUUUUAUUUUACAACGCGCAUUUGUGGUCUGAGGCAUUCGGACCACAAAACAUUUAGCAGCAAUGCCCGAGACAGCGCAAGAGACCUGCACUCCUGCUAAAGAUUCUCCAUUUUUUAUUAAGAACCUUCUGAACUGCGAUAGCAAGCCCUCCAAACCCAAGCCGGUCCUUGCGUCGUCGAAAGGGGCAUUGGAGGGCAGCUUUUCACUGUCUCAGGUCGGGGACUUAAGUUUUCCUCGCUUUGAAUUACCCACCCAGAGGUUUGGUCUGCCGGCGCACUACCUGGAGCGAGCCGCGGCAUGGUGGUACCCCUACACGCUCAGCGCGUCCAGCCAUCUACACCGGACUGACGUCCCAGAAAAAGCAAACGUCAGGGACUCGUCUCCGGCCUCUGGCACAGACAGAGAUUCCCCUGACCUGGUGCUCAAAUCCGACACCGACGCCAAAGAGGAUGAAGAUAACAAAAGUGCUGACGAAAUCGUUCUGGAAGAGAGUGAUUCGGAGGAAGGAAAGAAAGAAAGCGGGGUGGAUGACUGGAGGAAAAGGGAGGACAGUCCGGAUAAGAAACCGUGCCGGAAAAAGAAAACGCGCACCGUUUUCUCUAGGAGCCAGGUCUUCCAACUGGAGUCCACCUUUGACAUGAAGCGGUACCUGAGCAGCUCGGAGAGAGCGGGCCUUGCAGCGUCGCUGCACCUCACAGAGACACAGGUAAAGAUUUGGUUCCAGAACAGAAGAAACAAGUGGAAGAGACAGCUCGCGGCCGAACUGGAGGCCGCUAACUUGAGUCACGCGGCGGCACAGAGGAUAGUGCGCGUGCCCAUUUUGUACCACGAGAACUCAGCCUCGGAGACCGGGAGUCCGGCGGGCAACGUGCCAGUCAGCCAGCCUCUACUCACGUUUCCCCACCCUGUGUACUAUUCACACCCUAUAGUCACUUCAGUACCGCUCCUCAGACCAGUUUGAAAACUAAGUUUUAUGUUUGUUUGUUUUUUCUUUUAUUUUCUAUAUUUGCCAUGUAAUUUAAAUGUAAUAUUACUUAAUAUGACUAACGUUAUAAUCAUUAUUUUUGUAAGAAAAAUAAAAAAAUGAAUCUUGAAAUUUUACGAGCCGAAGUUUAAUUUUCAGCCAUUUUUAAAGUUAAUCAUUCAUAUAAUAUGCGCCACAUUAUUAUUAUUAUUAUUAUGGGGCUCCACGUUAUAAAGUUAUGGGUAAGUUUUGUAAAACAAUACACGCGGAAAUUAGGCCUGAAAACAUGCUUUGGGGCAAAGACUUGUUUUUCCUUUUUAUAAAUUAAAAGUGAUUUCACUGUUUCAUGACUAGGAAAUUCCGUUAAAAUGUGAGACGCCCACAAAGAUAGACAGGACAUCCUUAUGGCGGCCGGAUUAUCUUUCCGUUUUUGGCCGCAGUGUUCAUUUGAAAUGGGAUAUGUAAGUUAAUGCAAUUUGCAAAACAGUGUAGGCUAUGUAAAACUUGCUUCGAUGUAUUGUUUAAGAAAUCGUACAUGAGUUUGUUUUGUAUAUUGUUAUCAAUGUUACUUUAAUAUUUGUGCAAUACUGUCCGCUAUGUCAACGCACUGUAAAGUAAAAUUAUCAUCUUACUGUACAUUAGCGUUCUUUCCUUAUUUCCAUUUUUCUUUUUCUUUUAUUAUUUUAGGCCGAAUGUGAAUGCCGUAACUUAUUUACUUUCGGCACGGACAUAUAGGCUUCGAUAAAAAAUACACCCUUCACGCAUUUAAGCGCUUUAUAUGGGGGACAAUCACUGUUUAUUUUUUUAUCAUGUUUUCAUUUUUUACACUUAAAUGAUAAAAAUACAUGUCUCAUGCCUACCGGUCUCUCAUGAUUCACCGAUGUUAAUUUACUUGAAGGCAAUCAUUGAUUAUGUAAUUUUUAAACUUUUUUUAAUGAUAACACAUUGUACAAAUGAAUAUGUAUAUAAGUAAGGAGAUAAGCCAUGCAGUUGCUACUCUCCUUUUGUAUUAUAGAACAAACUUUUUGAUAUUGUAUUGCUGAAUUGCGUUGUGGAAUAAAUUGAAAGCUUUCUUUA